AUGAGCCCCCAUAAAGCUAUCCAUUAUCUGAGGGCGCUCGAUGAAGCUCGUUGCGAUGGAAACUGGUCUACCGUCCCCGAACUCGUUCGCAAGGUUCGAAAGCAUGCCCCCGAACGAUCUUGUCUCGCCCUCGUUGCAGAGGGAGAGGCGACCAUUUCCCAAGCAACUCUGAUGCACGCGUCUUCGAACCGACCCAGCACCGCCCUCACCGUGGAGGACCUCGGCGUCGCCACCCAUCUCCCAAAGCUGCUCAAUGCCAUCGAAUCGGAAGACAAUUACCUCGAGGAUAAGUUCCAGGCAAAGGUCUGCGUCGGCUGGCUGUAUUGGGUUGUGGGCGAAUACGGCGUGGCCGCCCAGCGUCUCCCCCGGAGCCUAGACGAAGAAUAUACCGAGUUGGAAGGCGCCGAAAAUGUUUCUGAUUGGACGAACGUGUGUGCUUUGAAGGCCGCCUAUCUAAAGGCCAAUUGCGCGGCGAGAAAUAAUGAGAGGGUAGAAGCACUCUAUAUCUUCGAGACUGGUCUCCCGGCGCUUACCAGCGUGUGGACAAGCAAGUUCCCGAAACAACAGUUGAGGUACUGGGCCGAGCUAUUUUUAACGGAAUAUUGCAUGUUGUCCAGCCAGGCCCUGCAGCGUCGAGAGAGGUCUCUUGAAGAUGCAAACUCGGUGGCGUGUUUCCGAACCUGGGCACGAUAUUGGGAGAUCCAAUCUGGGUCUUUGCCUGGCGGUCAUGGAUUUCGGGGUUCCGUACCCAGGAGGAGGAUAUGGUGCGAAUACUACACGGCCCUCUCGCGAAUCGUUGAGGAUGACCUCCCCUUUCCCACGGGAUAUCUUGGCAAAUUACCUGCCGAACAGCACUCCGCUAGAACGCACCUACGGAUGGAACUGAAAAAGGUCGAGAACGCUUACGAGUCGCUUCUUCUGCAAGAAACUCAAUUCCCAAGAGCGAACAACGAAAGAGAAGAGGUCGAGGCGUUUGUGAACCUUGUCGUGAAGAACUGGUCCAUCAUGUGUGGUCGGGGAUGGCGGGAAUACGAUCUUGGUCCAGGCGGUCGGGAGGCUAUGAGCCGCGGCGUUCUUGAAAUUCUCUACCGAGCAGCGACGAAGACGUAUCACUCGACCGCGAUCCUCCGCCACCUCUUUACCGUCCACAUGGCUGUGGCCGAGUUUGAUCUUGCCUUCAAAGCUUACAGCUCGUAUCGGGAUAUAAUGACCAAAGCCAAGGCUCGCGUGGAGAAAACCGGCGUCCCGGAGCCCCAUUUAGACGAUGAUGCAACGGUUCUAAUGACAAUGUCUCAAUGCGCUCUAGCCCUCUGCCGAUAUGGUGACAGGGCGGCGAUUGAGAGGGCGAGAGAUGUGGCGGCCGAACUGGAAGAUUUCCUCGCACGCUUGCCUCAGAUACAGUCCGGCGGCUCAGAAUCAGGAUCUCUUGCCAUGCCAGAAAUCCGGGAGUCCCCGCUACAUCCUCAGAUUCCUCCACGUGUCCUGGCCGAGGCAUGGCAGGCCAUUGGAUUAUCCCAUGCUAGUUGGUCGAGGGUUACCUUUGACUCUCGCUCCCGAAUUGAGAUCCAGACCAAGGCUGUGAGGUGUCUUCGAAAAUCCCUCUCGCCCGAAUUUGGCCGCUCGAGGAGUUACCGCGGGCUCUUUGCGCUCAGUCUCCUAUUAGCGGAGCGCAGAGAACUGACUCCUGCUAUCGAACUCGUAAAGGUGGCUUUGGCUGCAGGGAAGUCUGCUGAUGGACAGGGGGAUCUAAUCCACGGGCCCUACUGGCAAGAACGAGCGCUCAUUCCCCUGUGGCAUCUCCUUGGGCUUUUGCUCAGUGCCAGACAGGACUACAGUAUGGCUGCUAGGGCUUGCGAUGGUGCGUUUGAGCAGUUUAAGGAUCCUUUGAUACUGUUCGGCCAUCAAGACCAAUCAUUCCGAAGCGACCACUUGAACGAGGCCGAGGCUAAGCGCGAGAAACUUAACGCAAGGAGAGCGGUCGUUGACGAAAUGGAUUUCUUCGAGAAGGAGGGCAUCCUGGAGGUGAAGAUGACGCAGCUUGCCCUUGUCGAGCUUGUCGAGGGACCAGAAGUCGCCGUUAAUGCAAGCCCCGAACUGCUUAGUCUAUACACGAGAUUGUUCGGAACCGUACUGCCCAAACCGCCUACCCAUCCUCCCAAGACUGCUGAUGUGCCUAAGACUUCGGGCACCUUGAGGAGUAUCAGGGGUAGCCUCUUUGGAAGGUCCUCGAGGAAUACCGAGACUAGGCAAAUGAGCAUCGUCAGCGACACUUCACUGGGAUCUGCUAGACCGCAGACUACUCAAACCACAGCUAGCGCAGCGCCGACUAUUCAAAUUACUCAAGAGAACGGGCAGUCGGUCGAAGUGCGACCGCUGAAGACGCCAACCGAAGGGGCAGGACGGCGAAGAAGUCAAUCCGGAAGGAGGAACAGUCUUAGAAAGCGGGAUCCUAGCCGGAGCCGGAGGCGGGCAGCUAGUACAGGUCCGACACCACGAACGAGCUUCGCCGCCGACGGGGAGAGCGUGUUCACACCCGAUGGUGACGCGCAGUCGGACGUGUUUGCUUUCACUAACAGAAGGCAACCCUCAAUUGCGUCGUCAUUUUCCCGUGGGAGGGCGCUGCCACACAUCGACUCAUACUUGUCGGCGAAGCCACGGCCGGUAGAGUACGCGGAUAUUCCUACCGAUGCGUACAACACCAUGCCCACGCCGCUACCGGUUGUGCAGUUCUCCAAAGAGGCGGAUCAAAGGCAGAAAAAUGCCAUUCUCGUGAAUGUCUGGCUUAUGAUCGCGGGUUUUUAUCGACGGGCGAAUAUGUUUGAUGACUGCAAGGGUGCCAUCUCGGAGGCGAACAAGAUCGUGCAGGUUAUGGAGGCCGAGGCUGCGAAGGACACAACGACGCCCAUGACUCUGGGAAGUGCGCAUUGGGGUGAGAGGAAGAGCAUCGAGGAGCUAUGGGCUGACGUGUGGGCAGAGCUGGGCAAUCUUGCUGUCGCAAAGGGCGAGCCAUAUGUAGCGCGUGGCGACUUUGAAUCGGCGCUCACUUACUUCCCCGAUCAUCCUGCUGCCAUCGUGGGACUUUCCAGCAUUCUCCUUGACAUUUACACGGAAGAGUUGCUGCCGCCACCAACGAUACCUCCACUUGACAUGGGCGAUUCCAUUCUUAUCGCUCCAGAAGGGAGAGGCUCGCUUGUUCCAGCCAACAGAACCCCUCUUCCUUCAACACCCCUCGGCCUCGGUACCACAAAGCUCCCGGAAACCACAAGCACCGAGUCGGAAAGUGAUGAUGAUGAUUCGGACACAGAGGGCCAGGAAACGCCACACUCCCCCGACAUCAAACCCCGUGACGACGACCUACCGCCCCCGCACAAGGCAACGUCCCUGCCGCUUGUGGACCGCUUCGCAGCGCGGGACCGCGCGUACGGCCUCCUCUCGAGCCUGACGAGACUGGGCACCGGCUGGAACUACUCCGAAGCAUGGUUCGCACUUGCGAGGGCACAUGAGGAGAGCGGACAGAUCGACAAGGCGAAGGAGGCCCUGUGGUGGUGCGUCGAGCUGGAGGAGGGAAGGGGAGUGAGGGAGUGGAAUGGGGUUGGGGCGGGAAGCUAUAUUCUUUCUUGA